CUAAGAAGCCACAUGUGCACCUAAGCUAUCAACCCUCCGAUUCAACUCAAUUUCUAUCACCACCUUUAAUACUCCCACUUACAAUACUAUUCUCCCUCCAAGCACGAGGGUAAUAAAGCUUGACAAUGGCUUCUACCGAAAGGAUUGCCGUCCACAAUCUAGCGGACCUAAAGAACACAUCCGACGAUGCUCUACCCAACUACCUCAACUCUCUCAAAUUCAAACAAGACCACAGUCUAGUCGACACACGACUAGCCCUAGGAUACAGCGCCUUCGUCAUCGCCGCAGCUUGUUUCUUCUGGGACUACAAGCUAGGUUUCGAGUCUACGAAAUACUACACCGCCGGCGCCGUCGCCAUAUACGCUCUCCUAAACAGUGUUCUAACAUACUGGAUCGGCUUCGUGGAGAAGGGCACCGUAUACCAAGGCACAGCUCCGGAUGGUACUAAGAUCUCAAUAGCAACCUCCACCAAAAAGAACAUCCCCAUCUACAACAUAAAAAUCACCAUAACCCCCAAAUCCACCAACAAACCCGAAACCAUCGAACUAGCGCGCCCCUUCACCGAAUGGUUCGACGUACAAGGCCACUUCAUCGCGCGACCUUUCCAGACUAUCCUCGCGACAGCCGUUCCCUUGAUCGCAAAGGCUGAUCCCAAGCGAGUUCAAGCUGCCCCCGCUACUUCUACAUCUGAUUUCCUGAACGCGGAUGCGGACGUCUUGGAUGCUAUUGCGGCUUCCCAGUCUACAUCUACGGCUACAGGUGCUGAGACCGAGACACCAGCCGCGGGGUCGGGUAAGAAGUCCAAGAGGAGAAAGGCUUAGUUUGGGAAAAGAGAGGAGAAAAAUAUAGCGAGCGCCACUUACAAGCGUCUUAAUACGAUACCAUAUAUUGCAAUUUAUCGUUCUCGCGUGACUUGAUAUUUCUGUUUUCUUCGCAUGUUAGGUUGAUGGUGAUGUCACGACCACCAAAGAAUCCGAAUUACACAUCGUACACGCAGAUUCGGAACGUCUUCAUAGCUUUUCAUUAUUUCGCUCUGCAGCAGAAGCUAGUUUUGCAUUCGG